AUGGCCCGUCUCGACGCGCUCCCAGUCGAACUCCUGUGCGAUGUUUCCAACACGUCCACGAUUCCUGCGAAAGCAGCAACGAGCUAUUCAGCGUAUCUCUGCUCGUUCGCAAGUACUAUCCUAUCGAUCGUCCUUUACAAGGCACCACGACUAUUACAGCCCAAGCCUACCGAUGACGGGGACCUUUUUGACUUCAUCAACUACCGUGGCAAUAACGAUUCUCGUUCGGGUGAACACCGAUACAUGAGUGCCCCAGAGCAUUGGAUUUAUCGUCAGGAUGCAGGGUUCGUAACCGCAAUCUCGGAGGUCUUUCACGACGAAGUGUUGGAUGGCAAACACACACAUGCAGGCAACAGACGUCCAAGUUGCCGCAAGCCUGAGGGACCUGGCGCUGUAUUGUUGGUCAACCUCGGCGUCAGCACGGUGUUGAACAAAACGAUCGGAGGCGAAGUGACUUAUUCUAAUGUCGCUUCAUGGUUCAGAUCACUCGCGAAGGUCAUGACGAACGGGUUCCGUUCGGAAUACCGUGCAGCAACUUUCGAUGCCAUGGAUACAAAAUUGCCUCUAGGUGAGGUCCAAGGACUCGUAUGGCUCAGGCAGACCCAUAGGAUCGAGCUGAAAGAUCCAAGCGCUCUGCCGCGUCCACUGCGGGAGACUGACGAAGAUUCAGACGGCGCUGGCAGAGAAGAAUGA